GAAGGGGUGCGGCGCACGCGGCGCCGACCCCCUGCAGCAGCCGCCGCAGUUUCUGGCCGGCCCGCCAACCGUUCAGUCAGUGGUUGUGCUUGCUUGUGGAAGAGGUGCCUGCCGUCGACAUCGUAAAGGCAGUGAUCUCUACAAGACUGACACUUCGGGAUUUGUCGCGCUGUGCCCUUGAACCCAUCGCGACGACAUGAUGGCGGUUUCCGGGAACCUGAUCCUUGUGGUGCUCUUCUUAUUCACUUGUGGAUUUGCUGCUGGACAGCAGGGUGGCCGGAAUGCAGCUGCUCCGUUUGCCAUCGGUGGGGGCAGCAACUCCGGGCCACAGGGAUCCGCGGUCGGUGGCGCGGCUGGCAUGGAGCACCUUCAGGUGGCGCCGGACCUGAAGCAGGCGCUGUCGCUGCGGGUGCCCCAGGACUUCUUGCGCGACCACCUGGGAGACUACCACUUCCAGAACACCAACAUAUUCCUCAAGGCCCUGCUGCACCCGACAUUCAAGACGCGCGACCGCAAGGACCGCCACGACUCCUUCGAACCACUCGACUACAUCGGAUCCUUCGUCAUGGACUACAUCGUCUCCAAGUACGUGCUGAUUAAUGCUCGCAACAAGUCCCAGCAUCACAUGGCUCAGGUGAAGGCGUCCGUGCUUCGCCAAGACUCGCUGGCCUACUUCGCCGUCAAGAACGACUUCCACAAGUACGUCUUCGUCGACCGGCCCGUCGAAAAGGCGUCGCUGAGGGAGUUUGCCGACGGUCUGCGUAAUGUUCAGAACCUAUCUGGUCUAAAGUUCGCGAAGAAGAAACGCAGCUUUGUCUACAAGUUCUUCAAGUCGGUCAUGGGCGCCAUCUUCGUCGACAGCGGCUACAACGUCCAGAUGGUCGAGCCGAUACUCCUCAAGAUGAUCAAGCGGGACAUUGACCUCCUCCUCCUGUAGGUCAACGACCUUCUCCAGUGAUCACUGAGCCCUCGUUAACUCACCGGGACUUUCCAUGGACUUGCGUUCUUUUUUUAUUACCUGAAGUGCCCCAGUCUGGACACAAUGUAUACUUUUCGUAUGUUGUUCACACCACCUGGGGAUUCGUGAAACGGUAUCCCAUGGAACCAACUGCUCAGGAGCACUGUUCAAUUUAGUUCGCUGCAUCGAGGAGCUCGAAUCCCAAAGCUCCGAGGGCGUAAUGUCAAAAGAUGUUGCAAACGACUUGUCGGUACAAAAACGCAAUGCGUUUGCUUUUUGGAAGGGAGGGCGUUUGGGCGUGUAGGUAGUUGAUCGUGCUUCAGAAACCAUAGCGCACUUAACGAACAUAUGCUCAGGAUCUGUAAUAAAACCCUAGUUGGAAGUAAGCGCUUGUCCGGUCUUCAUCUUGUCUCGUGUUCCUUUCAUGCGCUAUGGUUUCUGAAGUUUGCUUUUAGCCCUGAUUUAUUGAAUCACAUAAGCGCUGAAGUCUGCUUAUUAAGCCCAUUUUAAUGGGAGGGCGGGGGGUGGGGGGUGUUACUGAGGUGUUACUAGAGUGUUACGCUUAGCUACCAGAUAUACAUUCAAACGCCUUUGUAACGAAAGUUUCUACAAUGAAAUGAUGUGUAUAACGAAUGACUUCUUAUAUCGCAACUGUAUUGGAAGCAUCGCGGUGUGAUACAUUUACAACGAAGUGCAGUGUACAACGAAGUAUUCUGGAGGUUCCGAGCACUUUGGUAUAAAUCACUUUGAUAAUAAUACUCCACCGUAGCGCUGGAUGCGAACUAUUGAGCAUCAUCAGCACUGCCGAUCUGCGGCUUCGAGUUAUAGAACCCAGAGGUCUGAAUACGAAAGUUGUUCCUUUCAUUUACCAAAGUAACACGCGUACGUCGUCUUGUAUUUUUAAAAUACUCACAUGGUGAACUGUCAUGCACGGAGGUAACCUCGGCAGAAUCUUACGAGGUGCCUGUCACGAUAUGAGGGGUGUAGUUUCGCUAACGAUGACUAUGUUUCAGCUCAAGCAGCAACUAUCUCAAUGGGACUGCAAGUGAAAGUGAAGGAGCUGUGGAAAGGGUCUGCGGAAGUCGGUUGUGGAGUGCGAACGGCAGGCAUCAAACUAUCUUAGGUGUUACGGCCGAAAUUAUUUUAUCAACUCAACCUCAUUACGCAGCUAGUUGAGAGAUAUGGUUGAUAUGUACCGUACUAAAAGUACACGGAAAAAAAAAGAGCCACUUUGUGUCCGGCGUACGCUGUUCACCCUUUAUCCCGAGACUGCGGAAAUAUGGUGCAUUCCCUUUCUUUGUAUGUGAAGUGCGUUUUGUGAACGCAAGGCGGCGCGCCGUCAAGCUGCAGGCGUUUUGACGGUAGGAGCGCUACUGCAUCGAGAAAUGACACUUAAUUUUUUUGGUUUUGUAAUUUGCACUAGUUUCAUCCUACAAGUGAAGUUUUCUUCUUGUAUUAAAUCGGUUCCUCGUUUUGU